GAUUUAAAUUCAAUAGAUUGUGUUUGUCUAAAAUAAAAAAAACAUUAAUAGAUACUCUAAUCUCAUAUUAAUAAACAGUAUACCUAAUUAUAUUAGUAUACCAAAAAAGUAAAUACAAAUACAAAACUAUAAUGUACAGUGUUUUAGUAAUGUUUUAAGUAUGCGGUAAUUAUGUGGCUUCUUUCUUGACAAAGACUGUCGAAAUAUCUAUAAAUUAGCACCAUAGUUGAGAAUAUUAAAUAUUGUCUUUAUAUGUGCCUUGUAAAUCCUUGUAAAAUGGCUCACUAUAUGAACCUAUAUUUUUUGUUUGCUAGUUUGAAAUGGUGGUUAUAAGGGUUUAUUUUCAUUGUGAAAUAAAAUUUUGGUUUACGAUACUAGAAUAUGUAUUUAAAAUAAAAAUGAAUAGGUACCUGCCAUUUAUUAUAACUUUUUUUUUGGUCCCAGAUUAUAUCAAAUUCAGAAAAAGGUUUAUGAAGUGUGAAUCAAAAUGAAUAAUGCUAUUCUUCCCGAAAACCUGGAAAUAAAUUACAGAAGCAAUCAUUAUAAACAUGCUCAAGAUGUAUUAAACAGUAUUAUUUGGUGUUCUAUUUGUAAUUCAGACUUGAAACAGAACAUCAUCAUGAAUAAAAAAAUUAUGCUCCAUAAAAAGUUUUUAUGUCUUUGUUGUAAAAAUUGUUUUGAAAAAUUAUCAGAUUCAAAAAAUGGAUGUAUAUUGUGCUCGCUCAAAACCAAACUUAAAACAUGCAAAAUAUGUAACAGCAAUAUGUGCAAGAGAUGUGUGGACAAUUACUACAUAAACCCAAAACGUUUAAAAAAAUUAAAACAUUGUUUAGGAUGUUCUUCAAGUGUCUUAUGGAGUCUUAGAUCCCAAGCAGCUGCAGUCUUAAAAUGUUUUUCACUGGAACUCGGUACUAGGCUUUUGUUAAAUGGUGAAGAAUCUAUAAACACACAACAUAUACGGAAAUUUGUAAUAAAUUCAGCAAUAUGUAAUGAAAAUUUUACUCAAGAAGAUAUUAAUCAAAUUAGAAUCUUCAAUUUAAGUGAUUUAUUAAAUUCAAAAAUUGGAGCAUUGUUAAAUGGAUAUCAAAAAUUACAAACAAAAAAUAUUGAACAACACCUAAUUAGCUUUAGUGAAUUAUGUGAAAAAAUAUUAGUUAACACCUGUUCACUUUUAUCAGAUUCUCAAUAUUUGUUCAAUGAUAAAAUUAUUGAAUCAUUAAAUAAUACAAUUAAAUCAUUAUUGAUUAAUGGUAUAUUGUUUAAAACAACUGAAAAUGAUUCAAAUAUAUUCUCUAAAGAUUCCCAUAAUACUGAUAAUUUAGUUGAACACGCAACAAAUAAAUUACAACAAAAAUGCAGUGUUUCAUUAGAAAAGCUGGACACAAAUAUUGAAAACCAAUAUUUUUUAAAGAAGGAAUAUAAUGAAUCCAUUAGUAAACAUACUUAUAAAGAUCCAUUCAAUUUUAAAAAUGAGUUAGUUGAAACACGAAGCAAUCAACAGGAAAAUAAUUUAAAUCCCACAUGUCCUAUAAAUUCAAAUUAUGUAUCUCAAAUUUCACUAAAAGACCUUAAACAAUGUACAGUACAACUAGUAAGAUUUGAUGAACAAAUUAUAAAACACCGUGUUGGGCAGACAUCUAAAGAUAAGAUUGAUAGUAAAGUGGUUAACCAUGAAUGUAACACAGAAGAUACUACAAUCAAUUUGUCUAAUAAUAGGAUAUGUUGGAAUCCUGUAGUAAAAUUAAAAAGAUUUGAUGUGGACAUUAAUAAUUAUGUUAAAAAAAAAUCUGCUAAUAAGUCUAACAGUAAAGCAGCCAACAACAACAUUGAGCAUAAUCCAGAAAUAUAUAAUGUGAAAAAAAUUAAAUUGUCUUCUGAAGAAAAAAAACUUGAAAUUAUUAAUCCCAAAGAAUGUAUUAUAUUAGAAACAUUAGAUAUGGAUAUUAUAGAAAAUGUUAAUCACAAUAAACAGACAACCGAGGAAAAAACUGAAAAUAAAACCAAAACAAAAACCAAAACAAAAACGGGUUUUCAUAAUAAAAACUUCACUCUUCAAAACACAAAAAAAAAUAAAAGAACAAAAUUCAAAAAUAUUGAAAACUAGAAUUUUUCAUUUUAAAUAUUAAAACUAUGUUCUAUUGCAGGGGUGGCAAACCUUUUUUUGCUAGGAAAUGUAAUGAACGUUUUAAGAACAUUGUGCUUGUCAGUAAUAUUAUGUUGAAAGGUACCUAUAAAAAAUAUGUUAGGAUGAUCAAGGAUUACAAACAUACUGUCGUGAAUUUGUCCGGCGAGCUACCGAGUAGAACUUGGUAGGAUGCGUACAAAUUGGAACAACUGAAAAAAUUUGAAUACCCCAAACUCUAAAUAAUGAAAUAUGAAUAAUAAUAAAUUAUAAAUAUAAUUAUUAUUAGCUGAAAAUUAGCUCGUUAACUUUUUUGGCUUGUCUAUUCGCUGCUGCAAACAUAAAGGACAUCAACAUUUUUAAAAGACACCUGAACUUCCCUACCCACUACAUCAUAUUUAUUUUUAUUCUGUGUUCCUAUUUAUCAUACUCUGUUAAUAUCGGGCAUGUAUUUUAUUAGCUUUAAUGAAAAACAAGCAUCACUAGCCACUAGAUCCAUUCAUCAAUGUAUUCCUCUAUUUUGAUUUGAUGCAUUUAUCAUACAAAAUAGGCUUUCACACUGAAUGAAUGUAAAAUGUACCUUUACAUACAAAAUAUGUAGAAGUGUGUUCUAAACUUUUAACAUUUUAUAUUAAGUACCUACCCAACUAUAUAUUAUUCAGAAAUAAUAAAGAAUUGUUUUAACUAUUGUUUUUGAUUAAAUGCAAGAUUUAACAAUCAAAUAAAAAUAUUUUUGUGUGCCAUUAAGGGGAUUCCACACUAUCGUGUUUUGGAGAAAAAUAUGCAUGUACGCGUUCCAGCGUACUAACUUGAGUUUUACUCCGAUAAUAAUAGUUUUGAAAACAUAUUAUUUUAAUUUAUUAUGAAGUCUAUCUUGAAUCCUCGACAACAAGCUACAGUAUUCUGCACUCACAUGCAUGUGCCAUGUUAAAAUCGUAAUUAAUUUGUCUAAUUAGUUAAUGUUGAAUCUUACAAGCCACAUUUUUAAUUUAUUAAAAUUAAAAAAAAAAUCAUAUGUUUAAAAAAUUUGAAUGGAAAAAAAUACAGUUUUAAUAAUUUUUUAUAUAGUUUUAACUUGAAGGAUUGAAAAUGGACUUUAUAAUAAAUAUAAAUAUGUUUUCAAAAUGAUUACCAGUGUACAAUUCAAGUCAGUAUAAUGGAACGCAUAUAGGUCAUUAGCUCCAAAAAACGGUAGUGUGGAAUCCCUUUGAAAUUUAUAAAACAAGUGCCAUAACCCAUAGGUUCUUCGCCACUCUUGACCAAAUGUUUCUUCUUCUUAUCUUGUCCGGUUCUGUGGCUAUAUGCUAUUACAUUAAUAAAUAAAAACAUAAAGUUUUCUAAAAAUAAGUAGGUUAAAAUAUAAAAUAAAUGUAUAAAUAUUUUGUUUUAGCCAGUGAGUGGCAAUUGAUAUUGCUUUUACGUUGGCUAAAGCUAAGUCGUCGGUCGUGCAUCCUGGCGGGGCUAGGAUACAUUGUAAUAUGUGGUCAUCUGAUUGGUCUUCGCCACAUUCGCAUAGUAUGUCCAGUUUUUUCUGGUAUCCCCAUUUCAUCACGAUUGCUUUUGUUUUAGCUACUCCAGUUCUUAACCUAUUUAAUGUCUUCCAUAUAAUCCAUGGUUGGUUUCCUCCACCAAAUGUUUUAAUGAACGAGAUGAUAUAUCAGUGUUUUUAAAUUGAAACUUGAAAGACACAUUGCCACAUUGGGCAGUUAAGUUCACCAUAUUGUUAUCACUCAGAAAAAUACUCAUGUAACUCAUAUAUUUUUAAUUAAUUUUCAGAUUCAAAAAGUAAUUUAUUAUUUUAUAAAUUAUAAAUUAAAAUCUUAUAAGUACUAUAAAAAAAAUGUUGUUUAAAUUUUGGAUCUAUGUUACUGUUUAAAUAAACAUUUUAAUGAAAUUAAAUAUUUUGAUUAAUAGUAUAAAAUAUGUGCCAAUUAUUAUUAAGUUAUGUUAUGUUAUGCAUAGUUGUCAAUUAUUUUUUUAUAUAUUAUUAUUUAUUAUGAAUUUAUGACUACUCCAAAUUACUCAUCACAAAUGGAUAAAUGUUUAAAUUAUAUAAAUAUAUUGAUGUUUUGGUCAUUAACUAUAGUGUUUUAUGUUAAUUUAUAUAUUAUUCAAUGAUUAUUUGAAUAUAUUAUAUAUUUAUGGAAAAAAGGUGGAUAAGUGGAUGUCGCUCUGCUGUACGGUAGGUUACAAGUGGGUCACUG